CCCGAGGUGUUGCUCGCCUCGGAUGUGGUGUACACGGCCCCGGCGAGGAAGGCCCUGUUCGCCACACUGGCAGCGCUGCUGGCGCCACUGCCGGUGUCCUCGCGUGGACCAGCGCAGCAAGAGGAGGCGGCGCAGCAGUCGCAGGCAGGGGGGCUGCAGGAGGGACAAAGGCAGGAGCAGGCAGCACCUUCUUCCGGGCCGGGCGGGGUGUGUGGGCCCCCAGCUGGCCAGGACGGAGAUCUGGCUGAGGGACAGUCGGGCUUGCGGGGCGGCGGCGGCGGUGGCAGCCACGACUCCUCCGGGGAGGGCGGCAGCAGUCUCGGCGGUAACCCUAGCAGCGGCAGCAGCAGGAGCGGCGGUUGCGGUGGGUUUCCGGUGGCGGUUCUGAGCUUCGAGAUGCGGCCGGGUGUGGAGGAGCUGCCGCAGCUGUGCGAGCAGCACGGUUUGGCGUCUGAGGAGGUACCCCCCGAGGAGCUGCACCCCGAGUGGCGCACCCCCGACAUCCGGGUGUUCUUGCUGCGGAGGAGGAGGCAGCCGGCGGCCGCGGGGUAGAGGUGGCUUAUGUAGUAGGGCUUUGAGUUGGGCGGGACGAGGGGGCUGAGCGGAGGUGCUUGCAUGCACACGCACUAGGGCUGUACCGGUAAACACAUUACGUUGGGUGAGCUGGAGGGAAGGGCAGUUCAUCUUGUUGUGAAAUGAAAUGACGAGCAAGAUGACGAGUGAUUUGAGAAGCUAACGGCGAUGGCUGUGAUGAGCGGUCCCUGGCCGUGCGCUUGGUUUCCUUCCGUUGCAGACAGCAUGCAGGAUGGUUUUCGUGGGGAGGUGCGCUAUUCUGCGGCACAUUGAAGCAGCGCAGUGCUGCUUGGUAGACGCAUUGGUGGAGGUGCUGGCAGCACGUGCGGCUAACAGGUGUCGCCGGGUAACCAGCGCUGCCGUCUUGUUGCAUGGGGGGAACUGCUACAACCCUCAAAACACAACCCCCUAGUACGGUUAGCCGCGGUGCGGCUCUGAGUUGAAGUCCAC